GUUCCACUCCGUUGGCUGGCAACGCGGACGAGACAUCUAGCCUUUAUAUAUAUCUAUGGGGUUGACGGCCCAUUUUUUGACCCUCGUUUUGGGGGCAUUGACGUUUGUAUACAUAGGUUGUCAUAAAAUGAAUAUUGUGUUAUGUGUGAAUGCUUAAGACAUUAUAAGAUUGACUGUCUCCGUAGCAAGCAAAAUCACACAACCAUAGAUUUGCAUAGGCUAUUUCAUUGAGAAAAUGAGCGGGAAGCGGUACAUUCAAUUGUAAUAUGACUGCAGCUGCUUGUCGCUAUCUAUUGAAGGAACCGAGUAGGCAAGCUAUGACUGAACUCAUUAACAAACUAGCGAAUUGGCCUUUGCAUCUGCCAUCUUAAACGAACAUACGGCGGUCGAAUUUGCUAUAAAAAGCAAUGGUUUGGAUAAUGUUCAACUUUUGUUUUUCUUAAUUGAUAUUUUUCCCAACACUGAUCAGAGGAUAUUGCCAUCCCAGCCGAAACACGUCACAACAAAACAGGCUUUCUAGCCACCAACUAACUAGGUAGCUUGUCAAUAGCAUUGCUGUAAGGUAUAACGUUAACGAAAUGGAUUUAUUUGGCGAUCUCCCUGAACCAACUCAAGUUACAAAUAAGGAAUCAAAGCCACCUCAACCCCCUGAAGAGAAACGAGGUGAGAAGAGGAAACACGAUGAGGAUCCUGCGUAUGAGGUGACAGAGGAAAAGAAUGAAGAGGAAAAGAAAGUUUGUAAAGGUCAAACCAGGCUGAUGGCCUAUGUAGCUGCUCGCCGAGGGGAGCGGGAAGAGAUGCAGGAUGCACACGUUCUUCUGCCUGAUAUGAGCAGCAUCAUAUCUUCACCUUCAUCCCAAGUCUCUCGUCUGGCCUACUUUGCGGUGUUUGACGGUCACGCCGGAGCAAGGGCCUCCCGAUUCGCUGCCGAGCAUCUGCAUCACACCCUGGUUGCUAAGUUCCCCAAAGGUGACUCUGAGAACUUGGACAAGUUGAUAAAAAAGUGUCUACUGGAUACUUUCCGUCAGACAGAUGAGGACUUCCUGAAGAAGGCCUCAAGCCAGAAGCCAACAUGGAAGGAUGGGUCGACAGCCACGUGUGUGCUGGUGGUGGCUGAUGUGCUGUACGUGGCCAACCUCGGGGACAGCAGGGCUGUUCUUUGUCGCUCAGAGCAAGGGGAAGACAGUGGGGCGAAGAAGUGCGUGACCCUGGCACUCAGUAAAGAGCACAAUCCCACCAUUUAUGAGGAAAGGAUGAGGAUACAGAAGGCAGGGGGCACGGUCAGAGAGGGGCGAGUGUUGGGGGUCUUGGAGGUGUCCCGUUCCAUAGGAGAUGGCCAAUACAAGCGCAUUGGGGUCAUCUCUACACCAGACCUCCGACGCUGUCAGCUGACUGCCAAUGACCGGUUUAUAAUUCUGGCCUGUGAUGGCCUCUUUAAGGUCUUCUCACCUGAGGAAACUGUUCAAUAUGUACUCACCGUCGUGCAGGACACAUCAGUUGCCGUGGAGAAGAAGGAGGGGCAGACGGAGGGGGAGGCCCGUUAUGAUGCAGCUUGUCAGCGAUUGGCCAGUGAGGCUGUGAGGCGGGGCUGUGCAGAUAAUGUCACUGUGAUCCUCGUGUCCAUUGAAUUCUGAGAGGCAUGGGUUAACUCUUGUCUCUUUCCGUCACGCCAGAAAGCAUUGAGGUCUAAGAAAGAGCUGUGCUCUGCCAAAACACGCCACAGAGUCUGCUACAUAGACGCUAAGGGGGUUCCACCCUGAAGGCAAUUCGGUUACUAAGGAGUUGUUUGCUGAAAAGGAAUGUCAAUACUUCAUCUGUGCAAAAGAUUAAAUCACCUCUUUCCUGAAUAAUUAAUUAAAACGUUAACUUUUUUUUUUUUUAAA